UAUAGUAUCACAUACAACAUUUAAAGUACUCUCGCCUUCACAUUCAUACAGUGCGUUAAAAAAAAAAAAAAAAAAAACAAAAACAAAAAAAAUGAAGACUUUUGGAUUCAUAGCCACUUUGGCAGUGGUUGGCUUAGCUAUGAUCGAAGCCACACCAUGUGCUCCACCUUCAUGCGCCCCUCCUCCAUGUCUUCCAGCUCUACCUUUACCACCCCUACCAUUACCAGCCCCAUGUCUUCCAGCCCUUCCUUUACCACCCCUACCAUUACCAGCCCCAUGUCUCCCAGCUCCACCUGUACCACCAUGCAUACCAUCCCCACCAAUUAGUCCAGCGGUUCUAGCCUCUUUAUUAGCUACUCUUAAAGCAGCGGCACCUGUUUCACCCCUUGCCACACUCCCCGUCCCACCCCCACUGAAACCAGUCUUUGGACCAGCUCCCACCGUAGCUACAACCCUGUCGGUCCCCGCACCCGCACCUCAAGUCAUAGCUCCAGGACCAGCACCAGGACCAUUGAUAGUCCAAUUGCCGUCAGUAGCCGGAAAGACAGCGCCAAUCGUCGUUCCCGCCGGUCCAGCGCCUAACUUGCUCGUCAAACUGACUCAAAGCCCAGCUCCCGCACCCAUCAUACUUCCAGGAGCGGCACCCGGCCCAAUCGUCAUCAACGACGGAAAUGUAGUUAAGGAACAAUCCAUCACAAGUGCACCGGCUCCCGACCCAAACAAAAUAUUCUUCGCUUUACCACCACCGUUACCGACUCCACCAGUCGUGUUGCCACCCGCGCCAUUGCCAAAGGUGUUCUUCAAUCCCGGUCUGUACGUCCAAAAACCUGAUAUCGUUUACCAAACCCCAGUUGGUCUACCUCAAUUGUUUUUGAUUCCACCGCCAUCCGCAUGUCCAGCACCGUGCUACCCACCACCCGGCCCAUGCAACCAACCACCAGUCGUCGCUAAAGUGCCAUGCGCUUGUUAAAUGAUUCCGACAACAUAAAAUUUUGAAUGUACAAUUGAAAACAAUUAUUAUGUAGAAAAGACAUACUAUAGAAAAUUUUGGACAAAAAUAAAUACAUUAUUUUAAACGGAUAUAUUUGUAAAUUUAAUAAAUUCAUAUACGUACAUGUAAUCAAAUAUUAUAUUAUUUUCAAUAACAAAUAAAUGAAUUUUAGUACUUGAA